AUGGCGGGGCGGCCGGAGGCGCUAGCCUCGCCGCCGCGGGACAGAGACGGAACGGCCCCCAAUGUGGUGGCGCGGAUCUCACAGUGGGCUGACGACCACCUGAUCCUCGUUCGGAACAUCAGCACUGGAAUGGCCGUAGCUGGAAUAAUGUUACUUCUAAGAAGUGUUCGAGUGUUCUACCUGACCUUUUUAGAAGAGCCAUGUGGUGCUUUGCUGGUUAAGCUGGCUGGAGUAGAACUCACUGAAUCUGGGAAGGUAUGGUUACAGAAAGAGCUAAAACCUUCCCAACUACUAUGGUUCCAACUUCUUGGAAGGGAGAAUUCAGUACUCUUUUGCUACCUAUUAGUGAAUAAGGGUGGAUAUUUUAAUGUGAGCCUGAAUGAAGAAAUUUUGAGAAGAGGCCUCGGUAAAACUGUUCUGGUUAAAGGGCUGGAUUGUGACUCUAAAAUGUAUUGGACAAUUCACAGAAAUUUACUUAAAGCAGAAUUAAUGGCCUUAAAAAGAAGAGAAGGAAUAUGGAAGGAAGAAUCUGAAAAAGAAACUUAUGUGGAAAAACUCAAAGGCUCCUGGGGAGAAAUAUGGAAAAAAGACGGUUAUUUUUCAAAAAUUGGAUCAAAUUUCACCUUGAAAAAAGAAAGUUAUUAUGACAACCUUAGAAGGACUUACGAAACAUGGAAAGAAAACAUGAGUAACUACUCCUUAAUACUGAAGUUCAGGGAACUUAUGAGUCGUAUGUAUUUUCGUAGAAAAGAGUGA